AUGUCACUUUACCGGCAGUCCGUCUCUAGGACGAUUGUCAGGUCAUCUCUGAGGGACUUGAGAAUUACCCCGGCUCGUCGCCUCUUUACAAAGUCGGCGCCUCCGACGCGCACUCCCAUCCGAACAAGUGUAUACGCAACUGUCAUCGCCGUUUCAGCAGGGCUCUUUGCCGUCUACUAUUUUGAUGCUCGAUCUGCACUGCACCGCUACAUUUUCACACCAAUCUUGCGGUUUGCGCUUGAUGCAGAGACUGGUCACAAGUUCGCAGUCAAAGUCCUGAGAUCGGGGUUAGCCCCAAAGGAUCCCGUUCUGGAUGAUGCCAGGCUUAAUUGUCAGAUAUGGGGUCAAGAAGCUAGCAAUCCAGUCGGUCUCGCUGCCGGGUUCGACAAGGACGGUGAAGCUAUUGACGGCUUGUUUGAACUUGGGUUCAGUUGGGUAGAAAUUGGGAGUGUUACACCAAAACCUCAGCCUGGAAACCCCCGUCCUCGCGUCUUUCAUCUUCCAGAAGACUCUAGUUUGAUAAAUCGCUAUGGUUUCCCGUCUCAAGGCCACGCUUCAGUUCUUUCUAGAAUCCGAUCUCGAAUCCCCCCCUUCACAAGUGGUCCGAACCGAGCGUCGCUACGAGAAGGUUGCCUUCUUGCUGUCAACUUGGGCAAAAAUAAAGAAUCACCUGCAGACUCGAUCGACGAUUUUGUUACUGGCGUUCGUACGUUUGGCCCAUACUCUGAUGUCCUGGUGGUGAACGUCUCAAGUCCGAACACUCCUGGCCUCAGAGGACUACAAAAUCGCGAUGUUCUAGAGCGACUUUUAGACGGAGUAACCAAAGCUCGAGAUGAGCUUUCGCCCUCAGUAUUGACCUUUCGAAAACCAAAACUGGUCUUGAAAUUUGCCCCAGACCUCAACGAAUCGGAACUGGCUGACAUUGCGGAUGUCAUCAGAAACAGUAGCAUUGACGGAGUCAUUGUGAGCAACACAACCGUACAGCGACCCAAAAGCCUCGUAAAUCCGAACAAAAGUGAAAUGGGCGGUCUAUCAGGCCCUCCUGUCAAACCUCUUUCGUUAAAAGCCCUUCGUAUUUUGCGUGGCCACCUCCCAGCUUCCAUACCACUCAUUGGGUGUGGGGGUAUCUCUACAGGAGCAGAUGCUCUUGAGUUCGCCAAAGCUGGUGCCUCCAUGGUUCAAGUCUACACCGGCUUUGGAUACGAUGGGGUUGGAGCAUGCAGGAGAAUUAAGGAUCAGGUUGUGGAUGAACUUACCAGAGAAGGCAAGACGUGGAGCGAGGUUGUGAAUGAGGCCGUGGAUAAGCUGAGCUUGAAAGAGGCUGAGAAACCGACAGAAAUCGACCAAACGAGUGCUAUUUCUCUGCUGAUAGCAGAGGCUCAUGAGCUGAAGACGAUGCUCGACAAGCUUGGGGAUAAAAUGGGCGAGCAAGAUGCCAUUUCUAUUGGGAAAGAGAAUGGUCUUGCGGCGGCGGCGGAAGCGGCGGCUGAUACCACUUGA